AGCGUCUUGAACUGAAUCGGGAGGAAUCAACAUUAUCUUAGACAUUUUAUCAUCUGAAGAUGUCGUGUUGGGACGAAUGGGUAGAGCAGGCGCUUUCAAGGCUAGACUCUAUGAAAAUCUUGCGGUCUCUAAGACCCAUUCACUACCCAAAUCACCCAUUCGAAAUCGAACCCAAAACUGACAAUGCCUUACAGGUGUUCGACGAAAUGCGCCAAUGGGAUAGAGCUUCUGUUGAAAUAGAAAUUUCAGAGUCUACGUUCCAGAGAUGGGUUGAAGAUGUUCCCAGUUCUGGUGAUGAUCUUACAUGUGACAAUGAAGAUUCUGAAUGUGAAUUAGGGUUGAGAAAGCUACUUCUAUUUUCAGGGAAUGACUACUUGGGGCUAAGUUCACAUCCGGCAGUUGCCAAUGCUGCUACCAAGGUGGUUCAGGCUCAUGGGAUGGGUCCGAGAGGUUCUGCUUUAAUAUGCGGUUAUACAACUUAUCACAGACUACUGGAAUCCUGUUUAGCAGAGUCAAAGAAUAAAGAGGAUUGCCUUCUAUGCCCCACAGGAUUUUCGGCCAAUAUGGCCUUCAUGACGGUAGCGGGAUACGUUGGCUCACUUUCAGCCGCAAAUGAAACAGAUUGUCAAGACGGUGUUGCAAUAUUUUCUGAUGCCCUGAAUCAUGCAUCGAUAAUAGAUGGUAUACGGCUUGCAGAGCGACAAGGAUGCGUGCAGGUCUUUAUAUAUAGGCAUUGCGACAUGAAACACCUUAAUGAGUUACUAUUGACUUGCACGAUGAAGAAAAAAGUAGUUGUGACAGACAGCUUGUUUAGUAUGGAUGGAGACUAUGCACCUAUGGUCCAGCUUUCCAAGCUUCGCAAGAAGCAUGGUUUUUUGUUGGUGGUCGAUGAUGCUCAUGGAACACUCGUUUGUGGUAAAAACGGUGGUGGUGUACCCGAACAGUUCGGUUGCGCAGAUGAUGUUGAUAUAUGCAUUGGCACUCUUAGUAAAGCUGUAGGUUGCCAUGGUGGUUUCAUUGCCUGCAGCAAAAGGUGGAAACAACUGAUACAAUCACGGGGCCGUGCUUUUAUAUUUUCAACUUCUACACCUGUACCCAUCAUUGCUGCUGCACAUGCUGCUGUGGUGGUGGCAAAGAAGGAGACGUGGCGUAGAAAGGCUAUCUGGAAUCGCGUGCAAGAAUUUCGCACUCUGACGGGAAUUCCAAUCACAAGUCACAUCAUUUCCCUUAUAGUAGGUAGUGAAGAGCAAGCCCUCAAAGCAAGCAGGCACAUGCUGAAAUGUGGCUUUCAUAUAACAGCAAUCAGGCCCCCAACGGUCCCACCUAACUUAUGCAGGCUGCGGAUCACGCUUAGUGCAGCACACACCAAAAAUGAUAUUAGGAAACUCACAUUUGCAUUAUCCCAAUGCAUUAGUUUAAGAGAGAGCGGAUAUUUCUACACAAAUGGCACACCCAAACUCUAGUAUCAUCGGUCGGGUAUGCUAUUUUGCAUCAAUCACAAAUUCUUCAGGAUGAUUGAAUCAGGUCCUUUUGCAUCUUAAGGGGACCAAGAAUCCCAUAUAUGCUUAGCCCAGAUUAGUUAUGUUUCUACAAUUAUGUUUUCUAGUGACCAAAACACAACGUACCUAUUAUGUGAUAGUAAGACCUGUGAUUGUCGAUCUUAGGGAAUAACGCGUUGUUCACUAAUUGGGGUUCAUCGGUUUGAUUUUAAUGAUCAUCUACUUAAAUCUAAAGCAAAGCAGCUAAAGUGAAAUGAGAAUAGUGAUGAUGGUGAGACUUGAUUAUGAGUAGAUGUGUUCACUUAUACUAGAUUCUCCAUAUCCUUUGUUAGUAAUACAAAUAGUGAAAUUUGAUGA